CCACGCAGGGGCCACACCGGCCGGGACCCAGAGCGGCUGCUCCAGCGUGCAGGGCGCGCCGGAGGGAAGGAGACAGCUGUGAAGAUGGAGAGGGGGAAAGUGAGAAAGAAAGAGAAGGGAAAGGAACCAGAGAAAGAGAAAAUUCGGGGAAGAGGAAAGGAGGAAAAAGACAAAAGGAAGGAGAUGGGGAAGGGGAACGAGAAAGGGAAGGAAGAGGAAAAGGAGAAAGAGAAGGAACAAUUUAAGGGAAAAGAAGAGAAAGAGAAGGAGAACAACAGCGUCUUGGCAAAGCCUCUCCUGGAACAGCCGGAGAAAAAUAAUCACAUUCUGGUGCUGGGCCUGGAUGGAGCAGGAAAGACCAGUGUUCUCCACUCUCUAGCUUUGAACAGAGUCCAGCACAGCGAGGCACCCACCCAAGGUUUCAAUGAAGUGUGUAUAAACACUGAAGAUAGCCAGAUGGACUUCCUGGAGAUUGGUGGCAGCGAGCCUUUCCGUUCUUAUUGGGAAGCAUACAUGUCCAGGGGAAUACUGCUGAUCUUUGUGGUGGAUUCAGCAGAUCACAACAGGUUACCUGAAGCCAAGAAACACCUUCAUCGACUAAUUGAGACAAACCCGAUCAUCCCUCUGGUUGUGUUUGCAAACAAACAGGAUCUCAAAGCAGCCUAUCACAUUACAGACAUCCAUGAAGCUUUGGCAUUGUCCGAAGUGGGAAAUGACAGGAAGAUGUUCUUGUUUGGGACUCAAGUGACCGAGAAUGGCUCAGAGAUCCCCUCCACCAUGCAGGAUGCUAAAGACCUGAUUGCACACCUGGCAGCGGGUAUGCAGUGACCAGGCCAGGCCCACUGUGUAGCUCACAAUCCAAAUGUAAUCAGGGAGGGAUGAGUGGCAGGCUUGAAGCCAAAGGUUUACACUUUCAAAUAAAUAAUAAGCC